ACCAAAUCACGUGACGCGAACCGGAAGUUGUCGCCAACUCUAAAACAAAACAUGACUGUCUUGACUUCUAUAACAGUUUAAAGAAUAUUCAGGAAUGUCGUUGACGCAAGUAAAGGACACCAGCUUUCUGGGUGGCCGAAUACCACCUGAAAUCGAGUCCAUGUCAAAAAACCUAAAGGAUGUGGAGCAAGAGAUGUUUGGAAAAUUACUGAAGGCUGUGGUGAAUGCCUUGGAGGGAAAAGACUGCAGAGACACGAUGAAGUCAAUAGCCGAGAACAGUGCUUUUCCACAGGAUAAGCUCAGUCACAUUGUAGCUGGAAUGUACAGAUUGUUAUCGGAGGCGAUUCGCAUACCGCAGUCGUUACUUAAACAGGAGGCCUUUAAAGAAGAUCUUCGAGAACUGAGGAUAUCAGAAGACUUCAUCACAGAUUUCUGCAGCGUGGUCUUCGGAAAUCGCCGCACAGCUCUCGAAGCAGCCACUUCUCAGAGGGAUCCCCAUCUGCCUACAAUAGAAGAAUUUAAAUGGAGAGUAGAUGUUGCCAUUUCUACAAGCUCGUUGGCCAGAGCACUGCAGCCGUCUGUCCUGAUGCACCUAAAACUGUCGGAUGGAAGUUUUCACCAAUUCGAGGUGCCACCAGCUAAAUUCCAGGAGCUGCGCUACAAUGUGGCUCUGAUCCUCAAAGAAAUGAAUGAUCUGGAAAAGAGGAGCAUCCUCAGGAUUCAGGACUGAUAAACGUUCAGCAAUCGAUGACAACAUAGUGAUGAGAAAAGAUGAUCCUUUUUUUAUUUUUCACUUGGUCUUUACCUUUGCAAUUUUGGAGAGAAAGAAAAAAUGCAACCUUUACAUUGAUGAUGGUGGUGCACACCGGUGUCCUAUGACCCAGUCUGCAUAACCAAAGCCGAAAUAAAAACUCGAGUCAAAGUAUGAACAGGAGCAUGACUUUCUGAUUUUGCUUCAUCAUGACUCAAAACAACUACUUUGUAUGCCAAAUGUUAACACAAAUUUCUAACCAUUAAACCAUCUUUUAUUCAUAGAACAAUUUUAUCAAAAAAGAUGAAUGACAACAAAAUCAUUCAUUUUAUUAAUGAUUUGCAGUCAAUCAACUUAACACAUUCAUUGUGAAAUAAUGUUAUUGUGGAAGACCUCUGUCGAGGGCUACAAUUUAAAUGUUUGUCUCAUGUUAUCCUUCAUUUCUACACUAAAAUAAAUUCUCAAUGAAAAGCA